AUGACCAGUAAAGCGAUAGACCUGAUCUACUGGAAGGACAUGGAGCGAACCGGCAUGGUGCUCACUGGGUUAGUGGUGGGUUUACUGUCCCUGUUCCAGCUCAGCAUUAUUACCGUCGUCUCCACAGUCUCCCUGGCCUUCAUGUGCUUCACCAUCUCAGUGCGCAUCUAUUACUACUUCCUCUACAUCCUCGGCUGGGGGGACGGAGAGCAUCCCUUCAAGUCAUACUUGGGGCGGGACGUCAGCUUCAGUGGAGAGCAGGCAGACCUGUUCAUGCAGAAAGCCAUCGUCCUGACUCUGUCUGCUGCUGAAUCUCUGAAGAGACUCAUUUUUGUAGGAAACCUUUUUGAAUCUCUUAAGUUGCUGUUUCUGAUGUACCUCGUGACGUACCUGGGAGACCUGUGCAAUGGCCUUACUCUCAUCAUCAUCUUUGUGAUCGCUGUCUUUUCUUUGCCACUUUUCUAUAAACAACAUCAGGAGGAGGUGGACGGCUUCUUUGCAAAACUCCAGGCCCAUGUUGACAACACGAAGGACUUUCUGCGAAGACUUGUCCAGGGCGGCGGUCCUCCUCCCGAUACAACUCCAGGUGGCGCCAAACCUAAAGCCCAGUAAAUGCUUGUGGAAAACAACUUUAGAGAAACUACAGACUGACUCAGCAGCCUGUCCUCAGAGGGUGGUGCUCCAGAGACCAGAGAACUAAAAAGAAGUGAUUUAAAAGAGCAACGAGGAGGAGGAUGCAUGGUACUGUACACUCUAACUGUAUUUAAGCCGAAGGUGAUGGAUUUAUACGAGUCAGAGGAGUCCUGAUUGAAACUCUUGGUGCUGAUGUCAGAAGGGAACACCGUUUUUUGGAAAGAGUUUUUAAAUAUGUGUUAAAACAUCUGUAGUAAGAGCUGUAGUCCAAAUGUGGUUCCAAGACCACGAGAGUAAACUCGUCUCCCAGACAACGGCGGAGAGGAUGGAAAAA